UUGUCCCGAUUGCAUCAUUCAUACCCUAUUCGGCAAGGUAGAUUAAUGUCAAAUUUUCAUCUGCUCUUCUCUAUCCUGAAGAAGAUGUCUACUUGAUCAUAAAAAACACAAUUUUAUACUACCCCUGCUGUCCUCGAAAGGAAUCAGCAUUAAAAUUUAAUCUUGGAUACUGUUAUGCACUAUUGUUUUCUAGCAGCAAUUUUUUAUAACGCAUCUUUAGCUUCCUGGGCUUAUAAAUUUGUUCAGCAGUAUACAGGAAUAAAGAGCAAUGAGCAAUUGGAUGCCCCCGCUUCAGCUGCUCAAGUGGCUGCCCCUUUGAACUCUUAUGCUGUAUCUAACGACAUACAAUCCAACAUUGUCACAUCUGCUCCAAGAAUUUUGCAUUUUGAUGCUGAUGUCACACUCUCCGAUCAGCACCAGGAUGGACAGAUUAAAGAACAGGAGAAUGAUCAAGUUGACAUGGAACAUGAUUGUAAUGGGAUCAAAUCAACUGGACUUCAAUGCGAAGCACGCUGUUUGGAGUCCAAAACGAAGUUCUCAUCCGAGAAACCUGAAACUGAAGUUGCUCGUGCCUGUGGAUUAUCAGAAGAUGAGGAUGUUUGUCCCACUUGUCUUGAAGAGUACAUCCCUGAAAACCCAAGGAUUGUUCUUCAAUGUUCCCAUAGUUACCACCUUAGUUGCAUAUAUGAGUGGAUGGAGAGAUCAGAAAACUGUCCAAUCUGUGGCAAGGUAAUUCAAUUCUUAUAUUCUUCUGCACUUAUUCCUUUCUCCUUAAGAUUUAAAAGUUAUUUUGAGUUCUGACAAGUGACAACCAUUAGCUAUAAGAUCAAACUGUCAAAUUAUCACAAAACCAUCAAUAUACUAUUUAACAUGUCAUUCUUCAAACAUCGAGAAUCGGAUACUAUUGCUAAACGUGAGCUAUUAGUUCUUCAUCUGAUACGUGACCAAUUUAUGUUACGAUGGGGAUUCCGUGCUUCAAGUGCCAUAUUU